AUGCCGUGUUUUAUUUGUUCGCAGGUGUUGGGCAUCGACGCGGAGUUCGUGUCGCUGGCUCCGGCGGUGAAGGAGCCGAACCCGGAGGUGCCGGGGGGCCCGGACAUCGUGGUCCAGGCGGCUCGACUCGGUCUCGCGCGCGUGUCCGUCGUUCGGGGAGGCCAAACGUCGGGUUUGGGCGACUCGAACGAUACAGCAUCGCUCGUGCCCGUCAUCGACGAUUACAUUCGAGCCGUGGAGCCCGUGCACGAUUACCUGACGAGAUUUUCCGGGUUGGUGCCCGGGGACUUGGACCCCGCGCUGAGCAAGCACCACAUCGUGGAGCUGAAGCACGCGUACCUCAAGCUCCGUUACCUCGUCGACGCCGGGUGCGUGUUCGUCGGGCACGGUUUGAAGCAGGACUUUAAGAUGAUCAACGUCACGGUGCCGCCCGCGCAAAUCGUCGACACCGUGGAGCUCUUCCAUUUCAAGCGACAGCGGAAGCUGUCGCUGAGAUUCCUGGCGAGCUACUUGCUCAAGGAGGACAUUCAGCAGGAGACGCACGAUUCCAUCGAGGACGCGCGGACGGCGGUGCGCCUGUACCACAAGUACCUGGAGAUGCAGGCGGCGGGUAA